GCCCUCAUGCCGCCAAGAGGAAGCGAAACGGUAGUUCUCCAUAAUCGCGCACGGAGGCGGACGGUGGUUGGCCGGUUUGUUACGGGCGGUGCGGUGGAUCUGCCCCUUCGGAGCCGGCGGAGGCGCUGCUUUGGGGAGUUCGGGAGAAUAGCCGUGCGGUGAUGAAAAGUCCCAAGCAGCCGCAGGGUAACGCUGGCGAGCAUGCAAGUACCUGCUAACGCGAUGCAGAGUUGCUGGCAUGCCAUUGGGUCCGCCGUCCCGGGGACUCACGAACGCGGCCGGAGGAAGCUGAGGUGCAUGAGCACGAACCGCGUUGAUUCGACUCGAGGCUUCGUCCAGGAGCCGUGGCGUAUUGCGGUGAGCUCGUCAGGGGCGCUCUGCAACGUGGCUGCUUCUCUAUCGAGAUACGACGCAUCAAGGGAGUCGCAGCAGACAAAUCUCACCAGUCGCCCUAUCUUGCGAUGGACGGUAUCAGCUAUGUACCAAGGCUGGGCAAAAGACGACGCCGAGAAGAGACAUCGUGAAGUUUACCAAGCCAUCCCUGGUUACCUACACUGCUAUCUGCUGGUAUCAGCGGAAAAAGCGCGCAAAAUCUCGUUCAUGUGUCGGCCCGUCUUCUGGCUGAGACUUGGCGCCUUGGUCCGACAAACCGCCUGUGGCUCUAACAUGGUUCGCACAUUCAGACAGCUUGGUCCGCUUGAGCAGAUACAUAGCACAGCCGAGGCUUCAUGGACAAAGCCUUUUGUCGAUGGCCAUCCAGCCGGCUCGAAGUCGAUAUCAAAGUGCACCGUUCUGCCACGUUUGCAAUGUGUCUUGAUGCGAAUGGGCACCUGCACGUCUCAUAACUUGUUUUCUCGUGACGAGUAA